GUACCAUGAAUGCAAUUAACCCUAACAACUCUAAUAACCUAACCUCUGGCUUUGGUCAUUCAAAUGAUAUGAAUUUUGUGAAAAGUAAUGAGAACCGUUUAGGUGAUUCCAAUAGUUUAUCGUCUGUUGAAUUAGCUCAAUUACCAAUGAACCCAAUAUAUACAAACGGCUCAACUGAAGAAACCGAUGUUUUGAAAGCGAAUUAUGGGAUUCCUGCUGAUGAGUGUUGGUUGUUCAAACCACCGAAGCAGCACCAAACUCAAGGUGCUGUUGAACCCAUAAGAACAUGGUUACGUGGUAUAUUUGAUUCGCCAGAUUCCUGCUUUUUCCAUUCGCGUCGAAAUCUCCUCUCCCGCCUCGAAGCGAUCAUUUUGUCUGGGGGACAAACUGAAGCAUAUCAGUUUGGAGGCAGUGUCCCAUCUCUGAAUCUUAUCACUUCAGGAUAUCCACCGCGUCCGAAUACAUGUCGUACAGAACAUUCUGUUUAUGGAUCUGUCGUAUCCAAUCGUCUGGUAACCGCUAGUUCAUCAGACAGUAUUUCGUUUCCUAGUCAACAGACAGUAACUAAUCCUACAAUGAACAGUGAGCAUGUUAACAUGAACACUUUCACACGUUCUCACAAACCAAGAAUAAGUUUACCACCUCAGUGCAGUGCAAGUAAAUCAGUAAAAAAUGGUUCUCAUAAUCCUAAUUCAUACUUGUCUAACUCUACUGGAACGAACUUUUCUUUCAAACCGCCUAACAAGACUGGGUCAUGUGAUGAGCUAGAAACUACGUCUGCAAACACCAAUGUACAGGAAAUUGCUAGAAGACAAGAAGACACAUUAAAAGCAGAGGUUGCAGCUCUAGCGGCGGCAGCAGCUGCUGCCGGAAAACAUGGUAGUCAGCAUUCUCUUGCUUCUUUGUGUAGGAAUAGCCCACAUGGGAGCUACACAAACAUCGCUAGUGCUCCAGAAAGCCCUCACUCAAGCACAACAAAGCUAAACCAACCUCAGCAAAAUCAUGACCAUUUCUAUGUAAAACAGUCUCUGUCGUUUUCUCAAGAGUUUGAAGGGCAAAUUACAAACCAGCAACCAACACAAGAUACUCAUCUUGUUAAUCAUUCGUCUCAUAGUCCUACUAGAAAAGACGUACUGUCCAACAUUCCUGCUCACGCUUCUAAUGUAGCGAACAUAAAACAAAACCCUUACAAAAUUUUGCCUCAAAAGCCUUUGCUCACAAAUAUUGUUCCAGAAAUGGGGGAUGAAUCUAGACAAUCUCAGAAAAUUUCGGUUUCAACACAUCCAUCAUUAUAUCCUCUUGCGGUGAAUGCCACCGGAAACGUGUACAUGUCUUCGGCAGAACCUCGCAGUCAUUUUGGUUUUCGGCCACUACAACAAAUCUCUACUGGUCCAUUCAAUAAAACUGUUAAUUUAGGAUUAAGACGUACAUCUGAUGAUCAACCUUUUUCCUCCGGAAACCCAAACCAAUAAUUUUUCAGUCCGCUUUAGUCGAGUUCUAGUCUUUCUAGUUUGUUGUUACUUCGACAUCAAUUCUUCUUCUCAGAAUCAAAUGGCUAAUAUAACAUUAUGUUCAUUAUUAGUUAAUCAUUAUAAUACUUAUCCCUUAUGUUUCAAAUGCUAAUUGUCACUGGCUUUUUUGCAAAGACUUCGCAUUGUUCAGAAAAGGCUCUCCAUUCGGCUUUUAGCUAUUUAUUUACAUUUUGUCAGCUUGCAUUUCUCAGCCCUAGUGAUUAUGUUUCUGAAAAAUUAAUAGCAUUUAAUCAUCUGAUUAUCUAUAUCCAUAUAUAAUCCGCUCACUUAUAACAAGGUGCACUUCAAAAGCAUAAUGCAUUAAUUAUGACCAUUUUUGAAUUUAUUUCACAAAGUGUAAUUUGACAAUGUUUUUAUUUUGGCAUUUUGGUAACCUGAUAAACAUUUAUUAUUUGAACUAAUAUUUAUUUUUUUGAUUUCUCUAUACAAAAAGCUUUACUUGCAUAACUUUAAUUUGUACAGUUCAAUUUUCCUUCAAUUUCAGUUGUAACUUAUUUACUUGUAAUUUAUCUUGUCAUGGGUUUUUACCAAUGAUGGAUCCCGAUAUACCAGGUAAGCUUUAUUCGAAAAAUUUCGUAAGUUUACUUAUACCGUUGCAUUCUCACUGACUUACACUAAUGUAUUUGUAGAUUGAUGGUUUCCGAUACACAUUUGUACCAAGUCCUGUGUUGAUGAUAACUGAAUGAGUUUAUUGAUUUUUGUAUUACUAAUUUAAAAAUAAUUUCCAUUCAUUUGUCACGUUUCGAGCGUAAUAAACUUAUUUUUUUUAAAAUAUGAUUGAUUAGAAGCU